CGCUUUCAUCAGUUGUUGCCGCCGAUCGCGCGAACAUUUCGUUUCAGUUGCUCUUUGGCUCUCUGCACGUGCGGUGCGGCGGUUGGAUUGGCUUCGCUGUUGCGACCAUCUGAAAUACUUAGCUUGUGGCCACGCUGGCUCGUAUGUACUUGAGAUUUUGUGCUUUGUCUCAUCGUGUUGUUUGCAUAAUUCUCUGUCUCUGUCUUUAGCCGAGUGAUACAACAAAUAUUACAUGAACUGCAUGGAAAGGUACAAUUAGCCGUCCUCGAAUCAACUACACAAAAACAUCUCUCUCAAUUGGAUUUAAAACACAGUCAACAAUUGCAUAUUUGCAGGAAAAUAUUCGCGCUACAGCUGGAAAAUAUUUCUCGCACAUAAAUUGGAUGAAUACAGACAACGAAGCCCAAUUGCCUUCCUUGGUAUAAAGCACACAACGAAGGAAUUCAUUUAGCUGAGGUGGAGUGAGUUAAGACAAAGGACCCGCCCAAAAAAAAAAACUUGUGGCAUUAGCUAACCACAGAAACCCAAAACAGACCGCCCAAACUUUUUUCAAGAGUCGCAGCGACCCAAGCGGCACACACAGACAAGAGACAUGUCGGACACAAUAUCGUUUGAGAUGGGCUCGGUCGAUCGACCUAACCGCUUCCAAGUGAAUCCUGUUAACCAUCACAAGAACAACAACGACAAUGAGGACCGCAAAUCACACGCACCUCCGGCCGACGAGGUCUACCGUCGGCUGACCAACAUUGAUGGAGAGCUCCUCGAGGACGACACUUUCGAUGCGACACAGUUGCUCAACAAACAACAGCCCAGGCAGCAGAGGCAAUCCAUCAAGAGUAGUUUUCGCGAUAAGGACAAGCCCUCCCGCUUUAAGGAUUUACAGACAACGACGCGUUUUCAAGUUGAACCACAAAAUGAGGAAUCGGACGGCUCAAAUGAUUCGCUGGAGGAACGCGAAUUACUGGACAAUGAGUACGAUACAAAAUAUGGCAAAAGUUUUCGGCACUUUACACGUGAGGCCUUGCCACGCCUGGAUAAUUAUCGCAACAUGAUGUCCAUACAGGCCGCCUACCGUCCAACGCUCGACGAGCUGCACAAUGCAACGCUGGUGGGCAAAAACCCGCACAGCCUGCAACGUAAUCGGGAUCUGGAGUCGGGCAACACGAAUGGCGUUCUAAAAUUUGGUUGGAUCAAAGGUGUACUCAUACGCUGCCUGCUAAACAUAUGGGGUGUGAUGCUAUUUUUGCGCCUCAGCUGGGUGGUGGGGCAGGCGGGCAUCAUCGAGGGAUUCGUAUUAAUAUUGACAACGACCGCUGUCACGACCAUUACGGCGUUGUCAAUGUCAGCGAUAAGCACCAACGGCGUCAUCAAAGGAGGUGGCACCUACUACAUGAUAUCCCGCUCCUUGGGCCCCGAGUUUGGUGGCUCGAUUGGCCUCAUUUUUUCGCUGGCUAACGUUGUCGCCUGCGCCAUGUACGUGGUGGGCUUUUGUGAGUCCUUGCAGGCCAUGAUGACAGGCAUGGAUGUGCAAAUCGUUGAUGGUGGUGUCACGGAUGUGCGCAUCGUGGGUGGCACCACCAUACUACUGCUACUCAUUAUCGUUUGUGUCGGCAUGGAGUGGGAGGCCAAGGCGCAAAUCGGCCUGCUUUUCAUUCUGCUGGCAGCUAUCGCUGACUUCAUCAUUGGCAGCUUCAUUGGACCCAAGAGCGAGGGUGAGCGGGCCAAGGGCUUUAUCGGCUAUAAUGCCACGCUAUUCCAUACAAAUCUGUUUCCGAACUACCGCCAGGAGGGCUAUGUCAGUCACGACUUCUUCUCAGUUUUUGCCAUCUUCUUCCCCGCUGCCACGGGCAUUUUGGCGGGCGCCAACAUUUCGGGCGACUUGAAGGACCCUCAAAAGUCUAUACCCAAGGGCACAAUUCUGGCCAUUGCUAUCACAACAGGCACAUAUCUGCUGAUGGUGCUGAUCUGUGGCGGCACUGUGGCUCGAGAUGCCACCGGCUACGUGGUGGAUGCGAUAAACGGCUCCUUCGAAUUUCUAAACUGCUCGUCAACAUCCACUGGUACAUGCCUGUAUGGACUGCAAAACUCGUUUCAGGUAAUUGAAUUGGUGUCUGGCUUUGGUCCACUCAUCUAUGCCGGCUGCUUUGCUGCGACAUUGUCAUCGGCUUUGGCCAGCUUGGUGUCCGCCCCCAAGGUUUUUCAGGCUUUGUGCAAGGAUGAGCUCUACCCGAAAAUUGUUUGGUUUGCUAAGGGCUACGGCAAGAACAAUGAGCCAGUGCGUGGCUAUGUACUGACCUUCUUCAUAUCCAUGUUCUUUAUACUUGUGGGGGACCUCAACUCGAUUGCACCGCUCAUCUCGAAUUUCUUCCUGGCCGCAUAUAUGUUAAUCAACUUUAGCACAUUCCAUGCUAGCCUGGCCAAGCCUGUGGGCUGGCGGCCCACGUUCAAGUAUUAUAACAUGUGGCUGAGUCUUGUGGGCGCCAUACUCUGCGUUGCGGUCAUGUUUUUGAUUUCGUGGGCCACUGCACUCAUCACCUUCUGCGUGGUGUUGGCACUGUACUUAAUUGUCGCCUAUCGCAAGCCGGACGUCAACUGGGGCUCCACCACACAGGCGCAGACCUACAAGAACGCGCUGAUGUCCGUGCAGCAGCUGAACAAUGUGGAGGAUCAUGUCAAGAACUAUCGCCCGCAGAUACUUGUCCUGUCUGGGCUGCCCAAUACGCGUCCCGUUUUGGUCGAUUUCGCCUAUAUGUUGACAAAGAAUCUCUCGCUGCUUGUUUGUGGCCAUGUGCUGCGUGGUUCCGGUUCGCAGAAGUAUCGUAAUUACCUCAAGGAACGUGCCUCUAUCUGGUUCCAGAAGCAUCACGUUAGGGGCUUCUAUGCACUGGUCGAUGGCGAGGACUUUGAGGCAGGUACGCGUGCCCUUAUGCAGGCUACGGGGAUUGGCAAGCUAAAGCCCAACAUCAUACUUAUGGGCUACAAAACCGACUGGCAGACGUGCGAGCGCAAGGAGCUGGUGCAAUAUUUCAAUGUUAUGCACAAGGCCCUAGAUAUGUAUCUCUCCGUGGCCAUAUUGCGUGUGCCCCAGGGCCUGGACUGCUCGCAGCUGCUGGGCUCACCGGAAGGCGGUUGGACCACAGCCAACUGCACUCUGGAUGUGCCGCGCACGCUGCAGCCCAACGAAAGCUCCAACGAUCUGCAGGCUAGCGAGCAUAUUCCGCGACAUGGCCUCAGUGGCAGCGUGGACUCAUUGAGUCGCAAUGUAUCGCAAGAUGCCGCCAACAAAUUGGCACCCACUGACAAUGGCCUGAAGUAUGUCAAAAUGCGUUUCAAGCAAAGUCUAAGUAGAAUACGCUCUUGGCCAGGUGAAGUUGAGUCAUCCAGCACCAGCGACUUAUCGUUCAUAGCCGGUAAUCAGGUGAAGGAUGUCUCUGUGCUGCCCGAUCCCCUCGACGCCAAGGCCACAAAUGAGCAGCCCAGCACACUAAGCAAAUCGAAGGCGAAACACGACGAUCCCGUUUCUCUCUACAGAGGACCAGGUGGCGUCGAGCUAUCCAAGGAUGUGCUGGCUGACUUGACGCAAUUUACGAGAAAGCGCAGCCACGCCAUCAUCGAUGUCUGGUGGUUAUACGACGACGGCGGCCUCACAUUGUUGCUGCCCUACAUCAUCAGCACUCGACGCACCUGGCAAUCAUGUAAAUUGAGGGUCUAUGCACUGGCCAACAAGAAAGCGGAAUUGGAGUAUGAGCAACGCUCGAUGGCCAGUUUGCUGUCCAAGUUUCGCAUUGACUACUCCGACCUGACGUUGAUACCGGAUAUUACCAAGAAGCCGUUGGAAACAUCCAAACAGUUCUUCACUGAACUGAUUAAGGAAUUUCUUGUGAGCGACAAGGACAAUGGUCACAGCAGCAAGGGAACCCUCAACGAGGACGAAGCUCUAGCUCACAUAAGCGAAGAUGAUCUGCUGGCCGUUGUGGACAAGACGAAUCGUUAUCUGCGACUGCGUGAGUAUCUACGCGAGCAGUCAACCAAAUCGGAUCUUGUGGUGAUGACGCUGCCAAUGCCGCGUAAAAACAUCGUUUCGGCACCCCUCUACAUGGCCUGGCUGGAGAGUCUCAGUCGUGAUAUGCCACCGUUUCUAUUUGUGCGAGGCAAUCAGACAAGCGUGCUCACAUUCUACUCGUAGGCGCGGAGCGCGCCUUUCAAUUGCGUUCUGCUUUUAACCGAACUCUCACUCUUGUUAGUUGUACGAGUACAGGAAUUUUAUGUUAUUCUAGUUGUACCAUAAAUGUAUUUAUAUUUAUAUAUAGACAUAUACGCUCAAUCGCAGCCUUCCCCCAAAAAAAAAACCCAACCAUGACGCACACAGACGAUUAAAUUUUAUGCAGACUUGGAUUCAUGCCUCCUUUUGUAUUACAUUUCUGAAGAAUUUCGUGAAAAGAUA